AUGACCCAUCACCGAGAUGACCCAUCACCGAGAGGACCCAUCACCGAGAAGACCCAUCACCGAGAGGACCCAUCACCGAGAGGACCCAUCACCGAGAGGACCCAUCACCGAGAGGACCCAUCACCGAGAGGACCCAUCACCGAGAGGACCCAUCACCGAGAGGACCCAUCACCGAGAGGACCCAUCACCGAGAGGACCCAUCACCGAGAGGACCCAUCACCGAGAGGACCCAUCACCGAGAGGACCCAUCACCGAGAGGACCCAUCACCGAGAGGACCCAUCACCGAGAGGACCCAUCACCGAGAGGACCCAUCACCGAGAGGACCCAUCACCGAGAGGACCCAUCAAGUAGAUGUUCACAUAUGA